AUUUUCAAGCCUAUAUCGUACAUAUCUGUAUACUAGUAUUCUGUGUUUAUCUUCGAAAAAUGUGUCCGCUUCUCUUUACAAUAUGAAAUUUUUGACGGCGCCUUAUUUUAAAAUGAAAUAAAUUUUAGGAAUAAAAUUUAAAGUCUUCAGCAUGGAAAAAGACUGUGAACUUAAACUCGGCCCACCCGAGCGGUCACAAAAGAUAGAUGUGAUAAUUGUGGGGGCUGGAAUAUCAGGUUUAGUGGCAGCUUAUAGGCUCUUGGAAAAAGAACCCUCAUUACAAAUAAGAAUAUUGGAGGCGAGUGAUAACAUUGGUGGCAGUUUGCAGCAAAUUUCUCAAGGUGAAAUCGGUGCCAAAUGGUUCGAAGCUUCGCAAGCUCAUGUUUAUCAAUUGUUACAACGAAUGGAGAUACCGUUACAGCAGCGUUCUAUUGUCGAUGCAGCAUUGCCACGUUGUUGGGAACUGGAUCAAGGUGUAUCAUCUAAUUUAGCAAAUUAUGAGUUGCAACGUUACAUAAACGAAUUGCAGUUAAAAUCACCUUUCUUUAGACCAGGACGUUUCAGCAUUAGAAAAAACUCAACCAAAAUGGAGAAACAUAUAAACAAUCGACUGUUUUUCAAUGAGUCGCGAAAGUUUAUGACCAAUUUAGUGGAAUUGGUUUGCGGUUCCAAAGCUUCCGAUAUUACAUACAAAGAAUUUAUGAGCAUUUGUUACGGUUGCGGCGGUUUACAAAACAUAAUUAAUAUCUACUUGGAUUGCCCGAAUACUUUGCUGGAAUUCGACAGUGCUCAUCUGCUCAAUGUACUUACAAAGCGAUUGCAAGGCACGGAAUUUCUACUCUCGCGACAAGUGAAAGCUAUCUACCAUUACAAAGACUACAUUGAAGUGCACGAUUCAACACAGAAGAUGCACACAACGGAUGUGCUCAUUUUGGCAAUACCAUUGAACGCUUUGCAACAGAUCAACUUCUCGCCGCCGGUGCCCAUGGAAAUGCGCAAACUAUUGAAUAAUAAGCUGAAGACGCGCUUAAUGCUGACAAGCUUUAUAGCGGGCUACGGCGAUGGCCAUUGGCGUAAUGCUGGCUACUCGGGUAGUUUCCUGAAAAGUGAACCAUUCAUAGUGGGUUGCGAGUACCGACCCAAUGUGUAUGCUGGUAUGAUGAUACAUAAUAGCGGUCUUGAACCGUUGGUGCGUUCGAUUGCACUAAAUGCGCUGGCACUGCAUUUUGGUGAUGCUAUGAAAACGCCGCACACCUACAAUCAGCAUACAUUCGAGUUGAGCUCAUUAGCGCACGUGCCACUGACGACACCUUGGCAUCGUAUUGUAUGGUCAUCAUCGGCUGCUGCAUCGACCUGUUAUCGCGGCUUCUUGGGUGGCGCAGUGCAAAGUGGCCUGCGUGCUGCAUUGAAUGCUUUACUAUUGGUGCGACCGCAGGUGGUGACAUGGACUGAUGUGGCCGAUGUACAUUGUCAAAAUUGUCCGAACAUUAAAGAUGUGGGCCCCUUGCAGUUAUGGAUGAGUGGUCUGAAUCUAUAUAAUGUGGGCUAUUAUACGCUUUACGCUUCGAGUGUAUUUUUAGCUCUCCAGUUUGCCUAUAAGAAGUUUGGUUGAGAUAAAUUUUAAGCACACGUCGUGUAAAUAUUUGGCAAAUAUGUAUGUUUGUAUGUAUGUAUAUAUGUACUUGAAUAAAGUCUGAGGCCUAUAUAGGACGUGUUUUCAUGAAAAAAUA